AAUCACGCGUCAAGAGUUGCUCCGCUUUCGUUUUCUAUUUUCAAAUAUUGAGCCUGAGCCUGAGGCGCUCGAUCACUGACCUGUAACAAGGUUGCAAUAAGCCUAGAAUUCCACUGAAACCAGUUGAACGAUCUCGAAGCGAACCCGCAUGUGUGGAAACCAUUACGACUCGUCAAUUAAUUAAUUAAUUAUUACCGAGCGCGGGAAUCGACAACUCUUCGUUUCUAUCUGCAUUGGCAAAUAUGUUCAAGAAGUUCUCCUCUGAAGAUAUAUCUUCACAAAAUCAAGUGAAAGCAUCUGUACAACGGAAGAUCCGGCAAAGUAUUGCAGAUGAGGUUCAGAUUGCAGCUGGCCUUGCACUUUUCCUUGCUUUGUACCCAGGCCUGGAACCAAUUUUGGAUGAUCUGCUACCAAAGAAAUCACCUCUGAUUGUUGCAAAAUGUCAAAACCACCUGAAUCUGAUUCUGUUGAACAAUGUGCCUUUAUUUUUCAAUGUUCGUGAUGGCCCCUACAUGCCAACAUUGCGACUUCUUCAUCAAUAUCCUGAUAUAAUGAAAAGGUUACAAGUGGAUAGGGGUGCAAUUAAAUUUGUCCUUGCUGGUGCAAACAUAAUGUGUCCUGGCCUUACAUCUCCUGGUGGUGCCUUGGAUGAUGAUGUUCUGCAGGAAACUCCUGUGGCUAUUAUGGCUGAAGGGAAAAAGCAUGCUCUUGCCAUUGGUUUUACAAAAAUGUCAGCAAAAGACAUAAGAACCAUCAACAAAGGAAUUGGUGUGGACAACAUGCAUUAUCUCAAUGAUGGUCUUUGGAAGAUGGAGCGACUGGAGUAAAAGUGCAUUGGCCACUGAUAAAAAAUGCAUUAAUGGCUACUUCUCCACUGUUAAGAAUCAGGUGUCUUUGUAUUAGAUAUACUUGAUUACUACACGCUUGUGGUGUUGUCUUGUUAAGCAAGUAUCCAGAUAUUUUGUCACACAGAAUAGAGAUGUUGAAACACCCACGUUGAUUUUUGACCAUCUUUUUAUGGUAGAAAAAUAGAAAAAGGUGAAGAUAUUUGAAUGGGUUUCUCUUUGUACAGUUCGUUCUUUGCUUCAAUAUUAGUGGUACAGUUAAAUUUUC